AUGGCAACAAUAAUACCAUCCGAGAUAUUUAUAAAAAUAUGUUCAUACUUAUCACCAUCAGAUUUAUAUUCAUUGACAACAGUAUGUAAAAAUUAUCGAUCAAUGUUAUGGUCAUUUACAUCAACAACGACACAAUCAAUCUGGUGCAAUUCACGUGAACAAUUCAUAUCGCAUCUAACAUUGCCACCACCAAAAGAUAUGUCAGAACAACAGUAUAUUUGGUUGAUGGUUUUAUUGAAUAAAUGCCAAUUCUGUAAGGAAAAUGAUAAAAAGAAGUUGUCAAUGUGUUGGGAAUUUCGUAUGUAUUGUUGUCAAAGAUGUCUGGCUCAAAGAACCGUUAGCCGAGAUACAUUGUUAAAGGAAUGGGAAUUACCAGAUAUUUUAAUAACAUGCUUCACAUCACUGCCACCAAAUGCUCAAAGGCCUCAACUAUUUCUUAUAUCCGAAAUUAUUAAAAAUAAUAAUUAUAAUUACAUUUUCAAUUUUUUCCUUCUCAAUAAUCACACUCACAGUAAUCACAACACCCACACUAAUCACAGCACUCACAAUAAUCACAUCAUUACUAAUAUUGAUGAGGAGGAUAUUAAUAAUAAUGAGAAAUUAUUAUUAUGGAUAAAAUCAAAUCAGGAAGAAAUAGCUCUACUGAAAUCGCAAAAUAAGCGAUAUAUUUUUCAGCAUGACGAGGGAAGAUAUGAUCAUAAUGAGCAAUUGGAUAGAUUAUUCAACACCUUGAAUAUGUCUAUUGAAUAUAAUAUUAAAAUCAAUGAUAGUAGAAGAAACAGUAGAAGUCUAAUGGAUGAUGAUAUUGAUGAAUUGUUAUCGUAA